CGAUGGCAUCUAACGAACAUGUUUAUGAACACUCCACCGGGUCAGAAAUGGUAGACGAUGACAUACAGAUUCAAAGCGGAAUGGAAGAUAUGUCAAUCGAAGAUCUAACAAGCAGGUUGAACCUUUUUAAGAAACCACAACAAUUGAUUAAGACAGAAAAAGGAGGGCAGUUGGAAGUAGAUACAAAUGUUUUGUCUCAACUUUCACAAGUUAACAUGAAAAUCAGUGUUGUCUGUGUUUGCGGUUCUUAUAGAACUGGGAAAUCGUAUUUAAUGAAUCGGAUUGCUGGCGACAAAACAGGGUUUAAACUUGGCGAUACAAUUCGAUCAGAGACAAAAGGGAUAUGGAUCCGAUGCAGACCUCAUCCAACGCAAAGGGGCCAAGUGUUAGUUUUGUUAGACACAGAGGGUUUUGGUGAUCCUGGAAAGGGAGAUCUCGAACAUGACAGCAAAACGUUUUGUCUUGCACUUCUGAUGAGCAGUAUACUUAUCAUAAAUGUAAAAUCUGUGUUUGACUUCCAAACCCUGAUGGAUUUAAAUUUCAUAAUCAAUCUUCCCGAAACAAUUAAAGUUCUAGAUGAUAAAGCGGAAGACAAACAUAAUGCCAAAACAAUCCAAGUUGCUGUUCCCACUCUGAUCAUGUGCCUCAGAGAUUCUUACUUGGAAAUUAUGAUUGAUGGAAGACUUCAGACAGCAGAUGAAUACCUUGAAGAUAGCCUUAAAUCAGUAAACUUGUCUACGUUAACAUCGAAAGAACAGGUACAAAAACAAGAGGAAUCCAACAAAGUUAAAGAGGGUAUCAAGGAUUUUUUUCCAGAGAGAAAAUGUUUUGCGAUUGCACAGCCAGCAAUGGGUAGGAAACUGAAGAACAUCGAACAAUUAGAUGAAACAUCCUUAGACGAGAGUUUUGUCGAAAACAUCAAAACAUUGCAAGAGUACGUUUAUAUGAGAGAACCAAAGAAGAUUUGUAACGCUAGCACGAAACCAUUAGAGGGACCAGGACUGACAAACGGGAGACCAUGCGGGGGCGGUCGUGAUGGGCGAUCAUCCAUUGCUACUUCUCAUCCACCGACACCGACAAACGAGUUCGACCUCUCGCAGAGUAGCGUAGCAGAUGAUGCCGGGCAUAUGUAUCCUACGCGUAGUUCUAAUCAAUCGUCUCUCGUACCUAGGCUACAGCCAGACGCUACACAACAGAAAACCUCUACUGCAGAUAGAACAUCGAUAUCUUCACAGUCAUUCCAAUAA